AUGUUCGCUAUGUGGUCGGAGAAGGUAAACGGUCAGGAAGGGAUCGCUAUGAACGCUCUACUCACAGAUGAGCCCUCAUGGAACCAUUCAGUAUCCCCAUCGGCAGUUCCCUCAAGGAAAAAGCCUCGGGUCUCCUCAACUCCCUAUCGGAAGGAUCAGCGACUCAGUGGAUGUAAUGCGUGGUCUGGAAGCGAUCAGAUAUUGCCGGUGCCUUUUCAGAGACCUGACUGCCUCUUUUCUGUUUCCGCGGUUCUUGAUUCCUCCUCGAGCGAUCCCGCAACUUGGCCGUCGACUCUGGAAGAUGCAUCCGUCGCCGCUGUCAAGGAAGUCCAGUACCCGCAUUGUCAACCGUUGUCGACGGCGAGCGAAGCUUUGGAUCUGCGAGUUACUAACCAGAAGCCGCAGGAUUCCCGUCCCCUGGCCUUUACCAAUACGGCAUUUCCAGUACCGCCGCUGGGUUCGCCAAGUCUCUUCGCUUUCAACUCCAACCCAGGCAACGACUUGAUUGAUCCCCCAACCGCAAUCAGCUGGAACCUCGCUCUGGUCAACGCCUUCUUUCGAGGCUUUAUCCAACGCCGACUCUCACCUGCAGAGGCUACAAUGGAACUGCCACCUGGAGGUGCCGCCUUUGAGGGACGAAAUGCCAGCCCCAAAAGGGAGGCAAUUGACGAUUUUGGAAAGGGGGUAGUCGCGCAGUUCGCAUCCCCACCCACUGUCGCCUCCUCCAUGCUCAACUCCGACGGUGGCAAGGAGUCCGUCAUCUUCUACGAUCCUGGACCCGCGGAUGGCACACAGAAAAUCAGGGUGAGUGGCAGCAUAACUUCCACAAUUUAA